AUGAUAUCAUACUGUGGAACGGAACAUCAAAAAGAGCAUUGGCCUGAACACAAACAAUUCUGCCGAGAAAUCUGGAUCAUGAUAAAAGAACAUGCCGUUUCACAUCUUUACCAAAACCUUCAGGGCCUAGAUUUGAAAACCUGGAAUCUACAAGCAAACCUUUUUCGCCGGAAAGUGGAAGAGCGUCUAGGCCGCGGAGUUACUCCUCACGAGCUAGAUGUCCUAAUGUUUCCUCGAGUUUGUUUCGUCUGCCGUCAAGCUAGACAAGAUGAAUUGAAAAACUGUCCUGGUUGUCCAGCUGCCAGUUUUUGCAAUGAACAUCCAAGUAGUUCUUUGCACGAUGAAGACUGUCACAAAAUAAAGAAAAUGCACGAGAUUAAUAUGGAAAAUGAUAUUAAGAAACGAGUCAUGCUGAUGGAAGUCAUCGUGCUUAUCAUGACUCAUCUCCAAAUGAACAAAUCUUCAGAUCUACCUAAUUCGAUGCAAGAAUUUUUAGAUCACCAAACCAAACCUAGAAAGAAUUUUUCCGAAAAUGAAAUGAUCAUAAUGUCGGACUUCUGUAACGAAGCACUGACUCUCUUCAGUGCUUUGAAGAAGUUGAACUAUGCUUCUUCUGAUAUAAUCAUCCAUAUUGAAGGUACAAGCUUAAUGUCGUAUACUUCAAAACACUGGGAGAUUCUGCUUGUCACAUCGGGUUCACUCUCUGCAAAAACUGCCGCUCGAUGA